UAGCAGCAUUGGAACAAAUAAAUGAUGUGCACAUUUCUUGUGCCAGGAGUUUCAUUUAUUGCCUCUUGCCUGCAGACUGCAGCGAGUCCUUGACUGUUAAACAGUUACAAGGUGCAUUAGAGAGAGAGAGAGAGACCUUUGUCACAAUGUCAGGACUGAGAGAACAACAUAAUGUGUUUCAUACUGUCUGCAUACGACCCUUUAAGUAGAUAUUAAAACAUCUCGGGUUAUUCUAGCCAGAAACAAUGUUGUGCAAAUACAAGGACAAAAUCCAUUUCUGUAUGUUCAUGGUGCUGCUUCUUCAGCUGUUAUCCAGGACUGCUGCGCAGUCUUGUGCCAGGAGCUGUGGAGAGAAGUUUAACACAUGCUCCUGUCAUUCAACAUGUGAAUCUCUGAGGGACUGCUGUGCUGAUUAUAAACAGUUUUGUCUUGACAUUGAACCACACUCUGGAUCUUUGCUGGGAGGCACAGACUUUAAAAUCCUCAACGCUACAUUUGAGCAGAACAUUAACCUCACUUGCAGGUUCAACUCAGAGAUUCUGACGGAGGGCUAUGUGGAUGAGAGCGGAGUGGGUCACUGUAUCACUCCUCUGCUCUACGAGUUGGGCUGGAUCUCUUUUGAGGUGUCCACAGAUGGAGUCAGCUUUGACAGAUCAGGGCGGUGGCUCUCAGUCCACCACAGUAAGCUGAGUCCUGUUUACAAGAUCAGUCUGGUCAAUGCCACACAGUGGCAGUACUACGGCACUCCUGACGUCAGCGGGGAUCUAAAGAUGACCUGGAUCUCAUCUCUAUUAAAGGCAGAGAGAGUCAACAUCGAGCUGUGGGGUUACAAUGAGACUGGAGAGGUGUAUUCUGCGAACUGGGAGGCGGAGUGGAAGUAUCUGUACACUGUGGGCAGGGAUGUACCCAACAGUGGAGUUUUCAGUUUCACCCCACAGAUCGCCGAAAAACCAUACCCCCUUUGAAAAAUAGAGAACACACUUCCAGUAUCCAAAUGUUUAAAUAAAGACAUCCUUUUGUGUGUGUGUAGGAAUGUUAACGCCCUGUGGAGUGAAGAGCAUGCGCUCGCCUGGCAUCUUGAGGAGGCCUUCGGGAAGGACUCUGCAGGCUGGGCCCUGGAGAAGUGCAUUAAUUGGGAUAAAGAAGAGAAAGCAAUGCCCAACUUCCUGACUGAGAUCAUCGAUUGUCCCUGCACACUGGCCCAGGCCCGCGCUGACACCGGAAGAUUUCAUACCGAUUAUGGCUGUGAUAUCGAGGCAGGUAGUUUCUGUGUUUACCAUCCAGGUGCAGUUCACUGCGUCAGAGCCAUUCAGGGCAGUCCCGAGUAUGGUGCGGGCCAGCAGUGUUGUUAUGACAGCACUGGAGCUCAGGUGCUCACGGGAGACUCUAUCGGUGGCAGCACCCCGGAUCGAGGGCACGACUGGGGCAGUCCGCCAUACAAGAAACCACCCAGAGUUCCAGGGUUCUCUCACUGGAAGUAUGAUGUCAUCAGCUUCUACUACUGCUGCCUGUGGUCAGACAACUGCGAAUACUACUUCACUCACCGCCCGUCCAGUGACUGCAGAACAUAUCGUCCUCCUAGAGUCGCUGCUGUACUUGGUGACCCCCACUUUAUGACAUUCGAUGGUGUGACUUUCACCUUCAAUGGGAAAGGAGAGUACAUGCUGGUUUACUCCUCAGACCGUGAGCUGUCUGUGCAAGGCAGGACUGAACCAAUGAGAUUUGAGAAUGGUACUGUUGCUAUGGCGACGCGACUCAGUUCGGUUGCCAUGAGGGAGAAAGACUCUGAUGUCAUCGAGGUGCGUCUCGGAGACCAAGAAGAUGAGCUGCAGGUCUUAAUGAACCAACAGGUGCUUUCCUUCUCUGAGCAGAAAUGGAUCGACCUUUCAGGUGUUUUUGUUUUUUCCCCUAAAGCCUCUAAUGUGACGGUGAUGUUUCCGUCGGGGACGGGGGUAGAGGUCAGGGCAGGUGAAGGGGUCAUGACCCUUACUGUUUUACUGCCACAUGACUUACAGAACCACACGCUAGGGCUGCUCGGCACAAUGAAUGACGACCCAGAAGAUGAUCUGACCUCUAGUAAUGGAGCGGUCAUCUCUCUCAAUAGCAGUGCGCAGGAUAUAUUCACCUACUGUGCUGGCUGGGCCAUUACGAAUGAGACUUCACUCUUUACUUACGACUCUACCUUCCUCCUGAAUGAGUAUUACUAUGCCCCAAAGCAUGAUCCGUCUUUCAUCCCAAACUUUUCCGUGACUGAAGACCCAGAGGACCCCCUGCUGGAGCCGGCGCUGAGCCUCUGUGCCGGAGAGGGGGCUUCGUUCUGUAAAUACGACACACUAAGCAUGCGCAGUCUGGAACAAGGCAAUGCCACACUGCUGGCCUUCCGGAGUCAUACGUCCACCAAGAAAGCUCUGGAGCCCGUGCAAUCCUGUGGGUGGUUGUCACCACCUAACCACGGUCAGAAGGAAGGAACCUUGUACCUCGAAGGGGCAAAUGUCACAUUCUCAUGUAACAGUGGAUACGGUCUCCACGGGUCCCAUGAACGCACAUGUCAAGCGGACGGCGAGUGGUCAGGAGAAGAUGCACACUGUGUGGCUGAUAAUACGCUGGCCAUUGUCUUGGGGAGUGUUGGUGCGGUGUUGGCGUUGGUUGUCAUGGUGAUAGCAAUCGUUGUGUACGCAAAGAAACAGAAGAAAGAGGCCUGGAAACAACAAGACGACAAGGUGACCUAUCAGCAUCCUGGGUCACACCUGUGAUGGUCAUCAGAGUGUACAUCCUUAGACAUUUGUAAAAAGAUUUUAUUAACAGUAUUAGACUUGUUUAAAUCUUAUGUUUCUAAUUUAACAUUCUUUGUUUUAACAUUAGUUUUUGUCCGUGGACAGUAGUUUAGUGUGGGUCUUGACUGAUGUGUCUGCUGAUAUUGUAAACAGUCUGAUGAUCAGAUUAAUGGCUGCCUCUAGAAAUAUCCACCUGGUCUGUAACAUUGACUUAUACUGCUGUAGAUGCUGUGAAGUUCAUUUUAGAUGUGUGUCGUCUGGCUAUG